CCGCAGUGUUCUCCCAUUAACGUCCGGGAGCAGCCGCCUCAUCUUGCGGGCUGGAAACCGGUUGUUUCCCCCCACACCCCACAUCCCUCAAAGCCCCAAACCUCCAGCUCCCGAGCUCAGGCUGCGAUCGGUGCGUUCACACCGGAGCUGAGAGCUGGAUUAAAUCAGAUCAGCCCUGUCACAAUCACCUCAAGUGACAUCUUCCGUCAAAUUGUACAUUCUACUGCUAACACGCAUCCAUGUGUGUGAGAUGAUGCGAUAACAAAGGGAAACAAGCCGCGUUGAGCAGAAUCGGGGACAACAGGCACCACAUGUGCAUCUUAUUCCGCUCUGUAAUGAACAAUAACAUCCAGGGUGAUAUAACGUGGAGACAUGUUUUUUUUUUUAUUCUGGCAGGGAUCCUGAGCUCCUGCGCACAAAGACAUGUGGUACUUCGGGGACGUGUUUUCAUCAUUUGAAGUCACCACUGUGGACCGAUCGUUACUUGUGUGUGUUUGUUGUGUCAAAACACACACACACACACUCCUGUUCAACACAAACGAUCGUCUCCAGCUAACCUGCAGCAGUGUUCAAUCCCUCCCACCACAGGGCGGCUCUCCUUCUGACGGACGUUUUCGCACAAGUCGCCGUUUUCGCACGAAAAUCUCCAGGAAAUAGACGGCACCCUCCGCGUGUGUUUAUAUUUUAUUAAUUCAUUACUUUGUUUGCAGUAGCAUGAAUGACUCUGCGAUCACUUGGCGCACGCACGCAGGGGAGAGUGUUUGAGAUCAGCGAUACGAGGUGAAACGAGUUCAGACUCUCGGGGCUGUGGACGCAGGGGCGCCGCUUUCGUGCCUGCGCCCUGCGUUCUGCCGCUAGAUGGCGCGAGAGGUCCGGUGAAUCGCGGGAUUAACGGGGUCGCGCAUCCCCGCAGCAGCCCCGCAUUAUUUCGCUCGGGCCUAUAAACAAGCAUGAGAUGGCAUUCAAAGGCAAAGCGGUCGACUCGAAGACCGUGCUCCUCAACCUGCUGCUGUGUCUGCUCAUAUUUUACUCUCUUUUCUACAUGAUCGCCAGCGUGUGCUUCGGUGCCUUCAGGCUGGAUCACUUCGACGGAUUGAUCCCAUUCGACUUUAAGACCGAGCCCACUGAAUCCAACUCCAAAUACCUGGUGAACCUCCUGUCCCUGGAGCUCACCUACUUCUGCAGCGGCCUCCUGUUUGCCGCGGUGGUGAGGAGGCGGGUGUGGGACUACGCCCUCACGGUCACACUUCUGCAUGUUGCGAUCACCAGCGUCGUGAUGUUGGAGUUCCCCAUGGUGUGGCAGUGGUGGCUGGCUUUAGGUAGCGGAUUGUUUCUGAUGAUCUGCAACGGUCAGCUGAUCGCUUAUUUCACCUGCCAGAGCGACCAGAGCUACUCCUCCAUCAGCAUCUACUGAAGAUGACAUAGUCCAAGACUGAAAAUUACUGUAUUUUUAAUUUUUAAAUUCUUUAGAAGUUAUUUAAAUUUAUUGAUUGAUUGAUUAACUUCGAAUAGCUUUAUUAACAGAAUUGUAAAGAGGAGAAUAAGGGAUCAGACCAGAAGCUCUGGUCCUGAGACAUCAGUCAGUGUUCGGCUUGUUCCGUUACCUUUGCUCUUUUCUAGAAAAGAAUCUCACCUUUGCGUUAUUGAGGCUGCUUUCAGACACUAACUGAAGUGUGGACAUUUUCCUGCUAGCUAGUAAAAUGUCUGGCAGAGGUCAGAGUGAGCCAAAGAGAACGCUGCAGGAAAAUGUCCGGAAUAUUCACAGCGAGCGAGUGGGUGACGUAAUGGCUGCAUAAAAAGAAAGAAAAAAUAAUACAAAUAUCUCAGGAUGUAAUAGAUUUAGACUUUGGAGCUUUUUGCCGAGGAGGGCCGAAGCUAUCGUGUAGAUGUGCUGUAACAGAACACAACAGAGAGAAUACAUUGUGUCCUGCCUCCUGCUCUACCCAGGCUUAAACCUUCACCUGAAUGUUGAUGUGAACACGUCUGACCCGGACAAUUCCUCAUGUUCACACUCCAGCUGGGGAGCUGAGUUCAGCCACUCAGCUGCUCCUGGAUGAGCCUAAAACUAGACUUGUAAACAGAGGCCACCGAGCCUUUGCACUAACCGCCCUAAACUCAUGGAACAGUUUACAACUCCAUAUUAAAUCUGCCCCAAAAUCAUUGUAAAAGACAGAUAUCUUCUUUAUUGCUUUUAUCCCAGCAGAUUUUAUUAUCAUUACUUUUAUGAUAUGCUGCGUAUUGCUGU